AGAUAGGGCGGCCGGCACCUGCCCCUUUAAGGUGGACUCCCGGAGCGUGGGAUCCCCAGGCCAUCACGGUGGGACGGCGAAUGCCCCCUGGAAGGCUACUCUGUUCUCGGGCUAGGACCUGCCGUGCACGAAUCGAGCGUGGGAAUUAAGUGUAAAUAACUGGAUUUCGGGAUCGAGCAAUUGGAACACCCGGCAGCAGUUCCUGCCGGAUGCGGAGUGUACGUUCGCCACAGCCCAUCCUGUCUUUCCCCCAGCCCGCAUCCUGUGCCUUGUCGCCGGCUCGGCUUUUGAUCCCUGAGCGGACCUGUCGCGGCAGGCGUUCGCCUUCCUGGUUGGAUGUCACAUCCCAUAGGUGACAGCCCGGAUCCGGUGCAGCUCAGGGCCUGCCCCUCCUCCAGCUCCGUGCUCGUGGGCACCCUGGGAGGCAGCAGUCAGGGCUCCUCCACCUGGGCCCCUCCACCCAUGUGGGAGGCCUAGACUGAGUUCCAGGCUCCUGGCUUUGGCUUGGCCCAGUACAGGCUGUUGAUGGCUUUUGUAUAAUUCUGCAACCCCACAGCUCUCCGCUGGAUUUCAGAAAGGCAACAGCUGCGCCUCGCUGACUGCCCUGUCCCAGCAGUACAAUGAAGCUUCGCGAACUCAGGGACUGUUGUGUAUUUUGUGCCUAGUUGUCCGCCAUGCCUGCUUAAGCAGAACUCAUUUGCAAAAUGCAUGAAAGAACGGUUAGGCAAAGCGUUCUGCUGUGAAGAGGCAUCCCUUUAAGAGACGAUUUCCCCAGGUAGACGGCCCGAGGCGUUCCUAUGGAAGAAUUCGCACUCGUGAAUCGUCAGAGACCCAGAGUUUCUGCUUGAGAUCAAGUUGGAGACAGACCUUGCACUUCCGUGAGGAGCAGCCCUGACCACGUAACAUCCGCGGAACCCUGAUUUGGAGGAGGCCUCAUGGCUUUGCAGCUCGGUCUGCGAGCCUCAGGGAGUGGCUGCAGGCUCCUGAGGGCCGGCAGAGGCGGGGCUUUCCCCCUGUGGCCCCGGGGCCACUGCGCGGGCAGCUCUCUGGACCCAGCGCUGAAAGCUUUUCUGGAGGAGAACACUGAAGUCACCGGCUGUGGCAGCCUCACUCCCGAAAUCCAGCUGCGACUUCUGACCCCCAGAUGCAAGUUCUGGUGGGAAAAGGCUGACCUGUGGCCGCACAGGGAACCCUACUGGGCAAUCUACUGGCCUGGAGGCCAAGCCCUGUCCAGGUAUAUUUUGGAUAAUCCUGAUGUUGUCAGAGGAAAAUCCAUAUUAGAUCUUGGGAGUGGAUGUGGAGCUACAGCUAUUGCUGCAAAGAUGAGUGGAGCAUCAAGGAUUUUGGCCAAUGACAUAGACCCUGUUGCAGGAGUGGCCAUUACACUGAAUUGUGAAUUGAACCAGCUAGAUCCUGUUCCCAUUUUAACCAAAGACAUUUUGAAUUUGGAACGAGGUCGGUGGGACCUGGUUGUACUUGGAGACAUGUUCUAUGAUGCGGACCUGGCAGACAGUCUCCACCAGUGGCUCAAGGACUGCUGCUGGACCCACAGAACCCGCGUGCUGAUUGGUGACCCUGGGCGGCCCCAGUUCAGGGUCCACAGCAUUCAGCAUCAGCUGCAUAAGGUGGUGGAAUAUCCCCUGACGGAAUCUACCAGGCAGGAAAACAAUGGACUAACCACGAGCUCGGUGUGGGAUUUCCAGCCUUGACUUGUCAAAGUGCUUCCAAGUACAAACAUAGUCAUUUUUGGAUUUACCCCUGACCGCUUUCCCCACAGGACACAUUCUCCAGCUUAAAGAACGUAAAUCUUUAAGUCUUAUUAAAUGGCAAGUGUUGAUUCCCAAGCAUGAAGAGUUAAAGUGUUGCCAGCCUUUGUCAAGGGACUUGUUCUGCACUUCUGUGCAUGCCAGAUGCACCUUUCUCUGUGUAUAAUUUUCUUUUCUAGUUUUACUAUUGUAGGAAUAUGACUAUGGGUAGUAGGGUGUAAUUUAACUAGUGAAGGGGAAUUAGAUACUGUAGCAGAAUCUACAGUUUGAGAGGCAGGGUGACACAGAGAAACAUGUUAUCCACAGGUUCACUCCCCAAGUGGCUACAACCGCUGGGGCUGGGCCGUCAAAGCCAGAAGCCAAGAACUCCAUCUAGGUUUCCCACAUGGGUGGCCCAAACUCAAGAAUCAGAGCCAUCAUCCAUUGCCUUUCAGGCACAUUAGCAGGAGGCUGGAUUGGAAGCAGAAUAGCAGGGACUUCAACUGCCACUCUGAUAUGAGAUGUGGACAUUCUAAGAGGCUAGGCUUAACCUGCUGUACUACAAUACCCGCUGCAGAAUACUGUAUUUUAAAAAGUUAUUGGUAAAGAUCAAUAAUGCAGUUAGUAUAGAGUACAUGAGUGUAUUAGGUUUUUGUUUGCUUAACUAAAAUACCUGGGAGGAGCUUCUUGGCAGGGAAAAGGUUUAUUCUGGCUUAGCAGUUCAAGGUUUGAAGUCCAAGACCACGUGGCUCCUGAGUCUGACAUCUAGUGGGAGCUGGUCGUGGCAGGUUGGUGUGGAGGUGAGCCAGGCAGCAAGGAGAAACCAGGAACAUGCUUGGCUUUUAUCUCCAACAGGUGUGGCAUGGGCCAAAGGACCUGAGCCAUCUUCUGCUGCUGUCCCAGGUGCAUUAGCAGGGAGCUGGAUUGGAAGCAGAGCAGCUGGGACUUGAACUGGUGCUCUGAUAUGGGAUGCUAGUGUUGCAGGUGGCAGUUUAACCCGCCAUGCCACAAUGCCAGCCCAAGACCAAUCCUCUCUCAAACACUACCUUCUGAGUUACAUCCUCAGUGUUAUAAAAACAUUCCACUAGGCCCACUUCCUAGACACCAUAAUUAGAUCACUUCUCCACCCUUAAUCCAUCAAAGAUUAACAUAGGACUUUAGGGGGUGUGCAUCAUAGAGUUAAGCUGCCACUUGAGAUGCCCACAUCCCAUAUUGGAGUGCUGGUCUGAGUCCCAGCCACGAUGCUUCUUUUUUCUUUUUUUUCUUUUUUUCCUGACAGGCAGAGUUAGACAGUGAGAGAGAGAGACAGAAAGGUCUUCCUCUGCCAUUGGUUCACCCCCCAAAUGGCCACCACGGCCGGCGCACUGUGCCGAUCCAAAGCCAGAAGUGCUUCUCCUGGUCUCCCAUGGGGUGCAGGGCCCAAGGACUUGGGCCAUCUUCCACUGCCUUCCAGGGCCACAGCAGAGAGCUGGACUGGAAGAGGAGCAACCGGGACAGAACCGGCGCCCCAACCAGGACUAGAACUCCGGGUGCCGGCGCCACAGGCGGAGGAUUAGCCUAGUGAGCCACGGCGCCGGCCAGCUACUAUGCUUCUGAUCCAGCUUCCUGGUAAUACAUCCUGGGAAUAAACGAUGGCUCAAGUGCUUGCAUCCACAAGGGAGACCCAGGGUUUUGGUCUGGCUUGCUCUGGCUGCUGUUGGCAUUUGGGUAGUGAACCAGCAGAUGGAAUAUUGUCCUCUGUCUCUGUUGUUCUGCCUUUCAAAUAGAUGAAAAUAAAAAUAACCAUUAAAAAGAUUAAUAUAUAUAUUAAUAUAUUUGAUUAAUAUAUUUGAAAGGCAGAGUUCAGAGAGGGAAGGCCAGAUGGAGAAAGAGACAGAGAGAGAGGAGAAAGAGAGAGAGAGAUUUUCCAUCUGCUGGUUUAUUCACCAAAUGGCUACAAUGGCCUGGGCUCGGCCAGGCUGUCUCCUACCUGGGUGCACAGGCCCCAGUACUUGGGCCAUUUUCCACUGGUUUCCUAGAAACGAUAGCAGGAAGGUGGAUAGGAAGUGGAGUGGCCGGGACACAAACUGAAGCCCAUAUGGGAUGCCAGCACUGCAGACGGCUUAACCACUGCACCACAGUACUGCCCGCCUCCCCCAACAAGUAAGACUUUCAGGUUGAAAUGUCCACAUGAAUCUGGGGAGCCAAAUCCUAUUCAAUCCCUAAGAAUGUCCUUGGGAGCCAGAAAGCUCCACCACUGCCUAGUGUGAUUUUUGGGCUAGUUAAGUUCUCUCUAAACUUUAACUUCUUCAUCUAUGAAGUAGUAAUAAAAUUCAUUAAGCCUGAGGCUGGUGCUGUGGUGCAUCGGGUUAAAGCCCAAGCCUGCAGUGUUGGCAUUCCAUAUGGGCGCCGGUUUGAGUCCUGGCUGCUCCACUUCCAAUCCAGCUCUCUGCUGUGGCCUGGGAAAGCAGUAGAAGAUGGCCCAAGUCCUUGGUCCCCUGCACCCACAUGGGAGACCUGGAAGAAGCUCCUGGCUCCCAGCUUCUGAUCAGCUCAGCUCUGACCAUUGCAUUCAUCUCGGGAGUGAAUGCGUGGAUGCAGGACCUCCCUCUGGCUCUACCUCUUUCUGUAACUCUUUCAAAUAAAAUAGAAAUAAAUCUUUAGAAAAAAAUUCAGUAAGUCUCACUUCAAAGGGUUAUUGUAUAAAUCAAAAUGUAAAGUUCCUAAUGUAAUAUUUAGUACCUAGUAGGGCCUCAGUUAACAAUCAUGGGGAAAAAUGACUCAGAAUUUCCUUCUCUCUCUGUGCUCUGACACCUUAUGAUGGCUCUUUAUGGUUUACUAAGGUUACCAAGAAACUUGUUAUGUCACUACCUGCCCUACAUUGUCAGAAUUUUACAUAAAAAUAAAACACUAUAAAACCAAUGAAAAAUAAUGGGAAGAAUAAAGUAUGUAGCAUACUACUAUUUACAUAAAAAUGUGUAUAUACAUGUGUGCAUUCUCUAGAAAGAUAAGUAAGGGACUGGUAACAAUGGCUGCCUUCUGAGGGAGCCAAAUGGCUUGUGGGCUGGGGUAGGAAGGAAUCUUAGUACUUAGUAUUGGAAUUUUAUACUAAUAGCAUGUUCUUUAUUUCCAUUUCUCUAAUAGAAAACUAACACCACUGCUAUAUGUUACAAGUGAGGCAUCAAAUGCAGCCCUUCUGACGUACCCUCUUGUUCUCAUAUACUGCUUGGGAAGUAUGUGUAGCAUUUGGAUUAAAUGAAUUCUAAUAAUAUGCACUGCACUGCCACUGGGAUUGGGAUACCUAGGAGACUGGAUCAGAGUUAUAUAGCAGAAAUACUGGAAAAAGCAAUUAAGGGCAAGUUGUUGAUUAGGCAGGAAAACAGCAUAAUUGGAUGGGCGUUUUGGAGUUGAAGUUGCAGAGUAUCCUGACAUAUCUCUUUCUCUCUCUCUCUCUAAAAUAUUUAUUAAUUUGAAAGGCAAAGUUACAGAGAGAGACGGAGAGACAGAGAGAUCUUCCAUCCAGUUGUUCACUCCAAAAUGGCUCCAUGGCUAGGGCAGGAUCAGGCUGAAGCCAGGAUUCUGAAAUUUGAUCAGGGUCUCCCACGUGGGUGGAAGGGACUCAAGGACUCGGGCCAUCUUCCACUGCUUUCCCAGGUGCAUUAGCGGGGAGCUGGAUCAGAAGUGGAACAGCCAGGACUCCGAUGCCUAUAUGGGAUGCUGGCAUUCAUUGUAGGCAGCAACUUAACCCUCUUAAAUC